AUGCUCUCGUCUUCAGGGCGAACGGCCGCGAGGCGCAUUGCCUCUGUACGAUACCCUCUAUCGAGACCUGCACUUCGAGCAGCACUCCAAGUUGAACGAGCUGCUUUAUCAAACACCAUUGCAAAGUCAAUACCCGCAGCAACUACACAAUGUCGCACAUACGCGAACGGGCCUCCUCGAUCUCCCGGUGGAACGCAUCGAAUGAAUAUGGGAGGAGGCGAGGAAGAAAAGCCAGCCCUCGAGCAGUUUGGCAUCGACCUUACAGCUAAAGCAAAAGAUGGAAAGCUUGAUCCAGUCAUUGGCCGAGACGCAGAGAUACAUCGAACAAUACAGAUAUUGUCAAGACGAACGAAGAACAACCCAGUUUUGAUCGGAUCAGCUGGUACUGGGAAGACUGCCAUCCUCGAGGGACUGGCACAACGUAUAGUCAAAGGUGACGUGCCCGAAAGCAUCAAAGAGAAGCGAGUGAUUGCUCUGGAUCUGGGCAGUCUAAUUGCUGGUGCCAAGUUCAGAGGAGACUUUGAAGAAAGGUUAAAGAAUGUCUUGAAGGAGGUUGAAGAAGCGCAAGGAGGAGUUAUACUAUUCAUUGAUGAACUUCAUACUCUUCUCGGCUUGGGCAAGGCAGAAGGCAGUAUCGACGCGAGCAAUCUGCUGAAACCCGCGUUGUCUCGAGGCGAAUUACAAUGCUGCGGUGCCACGACGUUGAACGAAUACAGACAAAUCGAGAAAGACGUUGCUCUGGCUAGACGAUUCCAACCGAUACUUGUCGGCGAGCCAUCUGUCCAGGACACCAUUUCAAUCCUCAGAGGUAUCAAGGAUCGAUACGAAGUUCAUCACGGUGUACGGAUUACGGAUGGAGCUCUUGUCGCGGCGGCUACAUACUCCAAUCGAUACAUCACAGACCGUUUCCUGCCAGAUAAGGCCAUCGACCUGGUUGAUGAAGCAGCAAGUGCUUUACGAUUACAGCAAGAAAGCAAGCCCGAUGCGAUCCAAGAACUCGAUCGACAAAUCAUGACCAUUCAAAUUGAGCUCGAAUCUUUGCGGAAGGAGAACGACAUUGCCAGCAAGGAGCGGAGAGAACAACUUGAGAAGACGUUGACAUUGAAACAAGACGAGGUUGGCGCUUUGACCGAGAAAUGGGAGAGAGAACGCGCCGAGAUUGAAGAGAUCAAACGUGCAAAGGAAGAGCUCGAACGAGCACGGAUUGAACUGGACAGAGCGCAACGUGAGGGAGACUUUGCAAAGGCGAGUGAACUUCGAUACGCUCGCAUUCCGGAACUACAAAAGAGACUUCCUCAGGAAGAGGGCGGCCAAGCAACAGCAGCAACACCCAAGGAGACCCUCAUCCACGACUCUGUCACAGCAGACGACAUUGCAACUGUCGUGGCCAAAGCAACAGGCAUCCCUGUGACGAAGCUCAUGUCCGGUGAAAUCGAAAAACUCGUCCGCAUGGAAGACACCCUCCGCCAAUCUGUGCGCGGCCAAGACGAAGCCCUCAUCGCCGUAGCCAACGCAGUCCGUAUGCAAAGAGCCGGUCUCAGCGGCGAAAACCGCCCCCUAGCCUCCUUUAUGUUCCUCGGACCAACAGGCGUCGGCAAGACCGAACUCUGCAAGAAAAUGGCCUCCUUCCUCUUCAGCACCGAGUCCGCCGUCAUCCGCUUCGACAUGUCCGAGUUCCAAGAGAAACACACCAUCUCCCGCCUGAUCGGAAGUCCAGCAGGUUACGUCGGCUACGACGACGCCGGACAGCUCACAGAAGCGGUGCGAAGGAAACCCUACGCCGUCCUCCUCUUCGACGAAUUCGAGAAAGCCCAUCGAGACAUCAGCACCUUGCUCCUGCAAGUCCUCGACGAGGGAUUCCUGACAGACAGCCAAGGCCACAAAGUCGAUUUCCGCAACACCAUCAUCGUGCUCACGUCCAACCUAGGCGCCGAAGCGCUCGUGGCAGACGAAAGCCCCGGCUCAGAAAUCUCCCAAGACGUAAAGAAACAAGUCAUGGACGUCGUCCAACUGUCCUACCCGCCCGAAUUCCUGAACCGAAUCGACGAAUUCAUCGUCUUCAAACGCCUCUCCAAGGAAGCGCUGCGGGAUAUCGUGGAUAUCCGGUUGAAAGAACUACAAGGCCGACUGGAUGACCGCAGGAUGGUGCUGGAUGUCAGCGAUGAGGUUAAGACGUGGUUGUGCGAGAAGGGGUAUGACCCGCGGUAUGGCGCGCGGCCGUUGAAUCGGCUGAUUGCGAAGGAGGUGGGGAAUAGUUUGGCGGAUAAGAUUAUAAGGGGGGCGAUUAAGGGUGGGGAUAUGGCCAAGGUGGUGAUUAGGGACGGCGGGGAGCAUUUGGAGGUUGUGGCGCCGUAA